AUGAGCAGAGCGCAGCGAGUUGAACAUGGACUUUCGGCGCCCCACGACCAAGUCCUCCAUCCCCCUACAAGUCUUGGCAUGGACGACGACGACAUGGAGCUCCUGUCGCCUGCCGAUCUCAGCUCCGUCAAUCUUACAACACCCCCUCCUCCACGCGGCCUCCCAACCAUGUGCAUCCGAAUCGCUUGUCCGGAUAGGACAAAGACCCGUGGCAAGGCAGCGACACGAGCGAUUGGGGGGCGAUGUGUCGUGCACACGACGCGCCAUCAUGCGCAACGGAUCCUGCUGAAGCAUGGCGACAUGGCAACGCAGGACGACGAGCAAUGGGAUGACCUGGCGAUCCUCAAGGCAUUUGACGCAGCUUUGAACAAGCACAAAGCAGCACCCACAUCAACUGCAGCGCCAACCAAACCCAAGAAGGCAGCUCCAACUCAACCCACCCAGAAGCAGCAUAUCCCUGCGCGGGCAAGUCCCCCGGUCUCACCAGCACCCUCGUACGACGAACGCCAUCAUGUCCCGCAACCAACAUCGUCGUUCCACCCUCCAGCUUCCCCUUACACAAACCACCGACCACACGAACCUUUCCCACAAUACCAUCUCCACGCUGGGUACCAGCAUGCUCAUUUCGACGGAGGCCACCCGUCGUCCCAAGCACCAUCGCCCUAUCCUUCAGCUCAUGCAUCUCCUGCGACGUCGACGUCGUAUGCUGAUGCGUAUGCCCGAGCCUAUGCACACGCCAUGACGCACGGACAAGGAAGUUCCAUCCCACCGCUGCACACCCAACCGACUUUCAACGCCUUCCACCACCAUCAACAUCCCGCCCACGCACCUGCCGCCGCAGUACCUUCCUUUGGACCAGACACGUCGCUCCCUGCCAUCGAGGGGGACGACGACCUGUCGAAGCUGCUCUUGUCGUGGUACCAGUCGGGGUAUUAUGCAGGGCGGUACAAAGCAAUUCAAGAAAUGAAACAGCAGCAAAUGUAUCGCCGGUGA